AUGGUCAUCGAUGCAGGAAAAGAUUCAGUCUUUUACCAUGUCCCAACUCCGACGGAACGAGAGCCCAAAACACGGCAGAUGCCCGUCACCUUGCUUUCAGGCUUCCUGGGAAGCGGGAAGACAACCCUCCUCAAACACAUCCUCCAGUCCCCUGACCAUCGCUUACGGAUUGCUGUCAUUGUCAACGAUAUGAGCCAGCUGAACAUCGAUGCUACCCUCAUCCAAAACCACAAAGUCUCCCAGACCACCGAAAAGCUCAUUCGACUGCAAAAUGGAUGCAUCUGCUGCACCCUAAGGGGAGACUUGUUGUCUGAACUGGCCACCCUGACUAAACAAAAUGAGGUGGACUAUGUCAUCAUUGAAUCGACUGGCAUAAGCGAGCCCAUGCAAGUGGCUGAGACUUUCACGGCUGAGUUUAGCUCGGCCAUGCUGGAAGCUGAAGAUCAGAUUGCGAGCGAUGAUGCCGAUGCAAAGAAGAUACUGAACGAAAUUGUGGAACUAGGUGGCUUGCAUACAAUGGCUCGAUUAGACACCACUGUCACUGUCAUUGAUGCCUUCAACUUGCUUUCCAGCUUUGACACAGCAGAGUUCCUCUCUGACCGCUAUGGGAGGGAGGAGAUCGUCCCCGAGGAUGAGCGUACAAUAUCCGAUCUGAUGGUGGAUCAGAUUGAGUUCGCCGAUGUGUUGGUCCUCAACAAGAUCGAGACGGUUGACCAAGCGACACGCGACAGGAUCACACAUUUGCUGAAGCUACUGAACCCAGCCGCAAAGAUUCUCGAGUCGAGUUACUCACAAAUAGAUGUCCGGGAGAUCAUCAACACGAACAAAUUUAAUUUCGUUCGUGCUGCUUCUGGCCCUGGCUGGCUGCAAAGUCUGCACGAAAUGACAAUACAGACGACAGGCAACGGCGAGCGGAUGGCACCGAAGCCAGAGACCUUGGAAUAUGGUAUCAACAACUUCGUCUACAGUGCUCGUCGACCCUUCCAUCCGCGCCGUAUAUUCGCUCUUCUUCACGACAAGUUUAUCAUUCUCCAGAAUACUGAAGUCGAAGAAGAGGAAGAAGAAGGUGAUGAGGAACAGGAAGAGGACGAGGAAGAUGAAAUGGACACAGACUCCGAUUCUGAGUCAGCAGGAGACUUUGGCCAGCCUGAACCAGCAGUUAUCUUGAACAACAAACGUACCCACCCGGCCUUUGGUCCAGUUCUCCGCUCCAAGGGACUUUUCUGGCUCACCACAAGGCCCUGGCAAUUUGGGGAAUGGAGCCAAGCAGGUGGUAUGAUGACAGUUGGGUGUGGCGGACCUUGGUUUUCUGAAGUGUCAGAGGAGGACUGGCCAGAAGACAAGGAUGUGCGGGAAUCCAUCCAGAAUGAUUUCCAAGGUCCCUGGGGCGAUCGUCGUCAGGAACUAGUGUUUAUCGGCGAAGGUAUUGACAAUGUCAAGAUCAGUACUUUGCUGGAUGAGUGUCUUUUGAAUGAUAAAGAGAUGAAGAAGUGGGAGAAGGUGAUGAAGAACAAGAAAAUGAGCAGAAAGGAGAAGACGGACAAGUUAGCAAAGAUAUGGGAAGACGGUUGGGAAGAUUGGCCUGCACUUGAAGCUGAAGAAGAGGAAGAAAAUGGGCAAGAGAAGCUAGAGCAGGGGAAGCAUCGAAUUAGCGAUUAUCUGGGUCCUCAACAUGGGACUAAACAUGUUCAUGGACACAGCCACCGGACGGUUGCUGUAUGA